AUGGUGAAAAUGUUUGAUGAUGAAGCACUAAAGCCCCUAGUCAAUAUAAUAAAUGACAUAAUAUACAACGGUCUUAUUCCCAACAGCUUUAAACUUUCAAUUAUAACACCUAUACAUAAAAAAGGAAGUAAGACUAAUGUAGAAAAUUAUAGACCUAUAAGCCUCUUGACAACUUUUUCAAAAAUAUUUGAAAGAGUGAUCAAAUUAAGAUUGGCUAAUUACUUAGAAGAAAAUAUGUUACUUCCACCAACACAAUUUGGUUUUAGAAAAGGUUUUAGUACUGAACAUGGUAUCACAAGCUUAACCCAAACAAUAUUAGACUACAUAGACACAAAAAAAAAAAACGAUUGGAAUAUUCAUGUAUCUGAGCAAAGCAUCUUAAGUGAGAGUAAAACUAUGAUCUGCGGUGUUCCGCAAGGCACAGUAUUAUCACCGUUACUAUAUAUUAUAUAUGUUCUAGAAUUGUCCAACUUAAAACUUGAUGGAAGUAUAUAUUCUUAUGCAGAUGAUACAGCAUUAGUUGUGACAGGUGAAACAUGGCAGUCAGUAGCUAAAAUAGCAGAAAAUUCCUUAAGCAAAAUAAUCGAAUGGUUCUCUAAUAAUAAUUUAUCACUAAAUUAUAAUAAAACUGUUUACUUCACAUUUUAA